AUGCCAAGAUGAAUGUCUUUAAAUUUUCAAGAUUCUAGGUCUCCUUCUAUAGGAGAGUUGAGUGUUUUUCAUGACCACGUGGUUGUUGUUAUAUCUGGUGUAAUUAUUUUAAUUUCUUAUAUUAUAAUUUAUAUACUUUAUAGGGUUAAAUUUUAUAAAAAUUUAUCAGAGGGAACUUUUAUUGAGACUAUUUGAUCUAUUGUUCCAGCGUUUUUGUUAAUUAUUUUAGUUUUACCUUCUAUGAAAGUUCUGUAUUUUAUGGAGGAUGUAAAAACUCCCUCGUUAAGCUUUAAAGUUAUUGCCCAUCAAUGGUAUUGAUCUUAUGUUGUUCCUUUAUUUAAAAAUUUUUCAUUUAAGGUUAAUGGUACAUCUUUAUUGUCUUCUUAUGAAUAUGAUUCUUUAUUAGAGGAUGAUGUUAAUGCUCCGCGUCUUUUAGGAUGUAGGUCGGAUUUAGUUAUCCCGUUGAAUAGGGUUUCUCGUUUAUUAAUUUCUUCUACAGAUGUAAUCCAUUCUUUUGCGGUUCCUUCUUUAGGGUUAAAGGUUGAUGCAUUUCCUGGACGUAUUAAUCAAUUAUUCGUUAAUCCAGUUCGUUUAGGAAAUUUUUAUGGACAGUGUUCUGAGAUUUGUGGGUCAAACCAUUCUUUUAUACCAAUUUCUAUAAAAGUGGUUCCAUUGGGUAUUUUUGACCAAUUUUCUAAAACAUACUUAUUGGAUAUUUUAAGUGAAGAUUUCAAGGUUAAUAAUUUCGUUAUUUAA